AUGUUUGACCAUUUCAAUCAAAAUCCCCCCGCACCAAGUGAGCCGCCGCCGCCGCCGCAGAAAGUUAUCAGAUUUGAUAAGAGCUAUUUUAAAACACUACCCGGCUUAUUGAAAAUUGCCGCUUUGGUAUGUAACUUCGUGGGUUUCAUCUGUAUUAAAGUGUCAUUUUCGUGGGUGUCAUCAAUUUUCUACAACAUUCUGUACUGGUCGGGUAACAUUCUCACCACAUUUCUGCUACUCAUGUAUGUGUUCCACUUUGUCGAGAAAUAUGACAGGUGGCCGUGGCUAAAGGUGGAGUUCUUCUACUGUGCUAUCAUGACCCUGGGGUAUAUAGCCACCACAAUAUUUGCUGCUACGAUCGGAGACAGCGCUGGUUAUGCUGUCACAUUCUUUGGUGUCUGUGCUAUUGGUAUAUACGGUUUGGACUGUUACUUGAAAUAUAAAGCAUGGAAGAGAGGUCUACCACCGCAGUGA